GUCUCAGCGCGUAGUGCGUCUCACCUGUUAGCUGCGCUGCCUGCUACCUGCCGCGCGUGUCGUGAGUGCGUGCGUCAGUGCGUGCGUGCGCUCCAGCCAUGAUCCUGCUGCGCCGCUCCUCAGUAAGCCGGGCCGUGGGCAGCCUGAGGGCCUUCGCAGCUCUCACGUUGCUGCAGAUCUGUGAAGCGACGUUCACGGUGGAGCUGGUGUCCCCGCGCUACGUGCUGCAGGGCCAAUCGGUGCAGCUGCGCUGCGAGUACGAUGUGCAGAGGGAGCAGCUGCACAAGGUGGAGUGGUUCCACGGCGCCAAGAAGAUCGUCCAGUUCAUCACCGGCCGCAAGCCGCCCUUCAAGUACUUCGACAUACACGGCGCCGUCAUAGACCGCAACGUGAGCGACGAGAACCACCUGUGGCUGCGCGACAUGCGGUUCGAGGCGUCCGGCCUCUACUCGUGCGAGGUGUCCACGCAAGCGCCCAUCUACACCAAGCGCUCCGACGAGAGGGAGCUCGCCGUCAUACAGCCGCAGCAGGACGCGCCUCAGGUGUGGGCGAGCAGCGAGUCCUACCAGCCUGGGGAGACGCUCAGCGCCAACUGCAGCUCGGCGCCGGCCCGGCCAGCCCCCAGCCUCGAGUGGCUCGUCAACGGCCUCACGACGCACCAGGGGCGGCACAACGUCUCGCAGGAGCCGGACGGCGAGCAGCAGGCGCUGUUCCGCGCCACCUCGCGCUUCAGCCUCCAGCUGAUGCCUCACCACACGGGCCGCCUCGCCCUCACCUGCCUCUCCACCGCCCCCGCCGCUCCUGACCAGGACCGCCACCAGCUGCAGCAGACUCUCACCGUGGAGGUGGUGCAGCCGGCGAGCUCCGGCGAGGCGCAGGCGGCGCUGGUGAGCCCGCGGGUGCUCUUCCUGGUGCUGGUGGUGCUGUCGCUGGUGCUGCCCGCCGCCUCCGCCUCGGUGGGUAGCAGUGUACGUGACUAUCGAAUAGAAAUAGCAUGUUUCGUGUAA